AUGUCCUCCCGCAACCGCACAUCCCGCGCCCCUACCCGCAACACGAGCAGCACGCAAGGCGAAGAGGCUCAUCUAUGGAGCCAGAUCAAAGACGACAUUCGCAGCAUGCUCGAUGGGUUGAACGCCAACAACGACCAGCUGCGCGCCAUCCUUGCGCAGGACGCCCACAUCGCCAAGAACAAAACUUCAAGCUCUUUUGAUAUUGCUGCUGAGGAAGAAAAGCUGGAUUCCCUAUUGAGGGCAGGAGUGAAGGGAGCCGAUACUUCGAAGCAGCAGAUUGAUGCGCUGAUUGAGCAUGUGACUGUAUUGAAGGCGUUGGUGAAAGUUAGGGAGGAGAGUGAUAGUCAGGCUGGGUCUGGCCUGUCCAGUCGAGACAGGGGAGGUCUCUUGAGCUCGGGGAGGGCGUCGUCUGUACGGGGUACGCGAGAGAAGGACAGGGACAGGGACAGAGACCCCAGCUCGGUAUAUGACUUUGACGGAUCGGGAGAUUCACCGGUACCCUCACCAGUUGGCAGAAAACUUGGAGGAACUGGUGCAGGAAGCGAUCGUACCAGCAACCGCGACAGCGUCCCGCCGCGGGACACCCCCAGCAAAGCGGACAGCGUCCCUCCAGAGUCAGGUACCGGCACUUCAAGCCAACGCACCAAAUUCACCUUCUAUAAAGGUCAGGACGUCGUCUUCAAGCCGAAACCCACAAACCCCAAUGAAACCACCGAAUGGAUGCUCGGCAAAGUCCAGCAAGUCAUUGGCGACGGCAAAACGCGACGGUACAAAGUCCAAGACGCAGAUCCCGACAUCCCGCCGGAACAGAGGGUCGAGUAUCGCACCAGCGCGAGUAACAUGAUUCCUCUGCCGGCUGCGGACGCGGAGUUGCCGGAGCUGGAGAAGGGCAAGGUGGUGCUGGCGCUGUAUCCGGAUAGCACAACGUUUUAUAAGGCCGAGGUGAUGGGGACCGAGCCGGGGACCGGGAGGGUGAGUUUACGGUUUGAGGGAGAGGAAAAUAAUGUUACCUUGCAGGUUGUCGAGAGGAGGUUUAUUGUUGAGUACAGAAGUUAG